AUGAGCUCCGAUGUUGACAGCUGCAGUGUGAGAGAAGCCGGCGAGACAAGUUCUCCAAUGUUUAGCUUCGGAGUGGCGGGGCUCGGGUCUAGCCUGUGCCUGCACGGAGGCGUCAGUGGGAGCGCCGUAUUUACGCGCCCUGUCCCCAUCGGCUCAGUUCGACGGGACGAUAUGCAAUCGAGCCCGGAGCCUCCGCUCCCCCCGGGACCUCCCACGCGACCUAGUCCGGCCGCGCACCACUCGGGCGGGCACCCGGAGAGGAGCGUCAGGUCAGGCGGCAAUCGGAGCCAGGAAGGCGGCACGAGUGCGGCCAGAAGCACGGAAAGGACGCAAAGCGUGUCACGGGACGCGAACGCCAGCCACGAGCAACAUCAGCACAGCGAACACGGACCCCAGAUCUACCCGUGGAUGACCAAACUGCACAUGAGCCACGAAUCAGAGGGCAAGCGUUCCAGGACGAGCUACACUCGCUACCAGACUCUGGAGCUGGAGAAGGAGUUCCACUUCAACCGCUACCUGAGCCGGCGCAGGCGCAUCGAGAUCGCGCACACGUUAUGUCUGAACGAACGCCAGAUCAAGAUCUGGUUCCAGAACCGCCGAAUGAAGUGGAAGAAAGACUCAAAAAUAAACGUGAAGGAAUAA